CCCAGCCCCAGCGGAGAAUGCAAGUGUUUUUGUGAGCCACGCUGCUUCGACUUCGGUGCAUUCUCCUUUGGUCCUCGAUUUAGCAAAAAGUUUAAUACAAUGUCAGUGUGGCCCCCUCCUUCAAUAAUAAAUCAAUAAAUAUUAUAUCAUCAUCUCCUCGUGGGCCGCUUUCUCUUCUUUUCCGUACGCCCUUGUUCUGCCCUUUGUCCACCCCUGCGUAGUAACCCGGUCGUUGAUAAAACAAAACAACCUCCAUCGCCGACCAUGCAGGCCCCUAACAAGUCAACGAGGUUGGAGACGAUGGACAUGGAGGUCCAUCCACUCGAUCAAGAUGUGCCGCCUACACAGAAAGGAACCGUCUUGGACGACCAUGACAUGCAGCGCAUGGGAAAGAUCCAGGAGCUCAAGCGAAAUAUGCGACCGGUGGCUGCCUUGAGUUUUGCUUCGAUUUUACAAGCAACGUGGGAGUUCAUUUUGAUUUCGAAUGACCAAGGAUUAGAAAAUGGCGGAUUACCGGGCAUGUUCUGGUCUUACAUCUGGACGUUUAUCGGAUUCGGAUUUAUUAUCGCAUCGCUCUCGGAAAUGGCCUCGAUGGCACCAACGUCGGGUGGACAAUAUCACUGGGUAUCCGAGUUUUCGUCGCCGCGACACCAAAAGUUUCUUAGUUACAUCACGGGUUGGAUGUCGGUGUUGGCAUGGCAAGCUGGAGCAGCAUCAGGUUCUUUCCUGACGGGAACCAUCAUUCAGGGCUUGAUAAGCGUCCGGAAUCCGGAGUACGAACCGAAGAACUGGCAAGGGACGCUCUUUGUCUUUGCGAUGGUGUUGGUGAUCUACAUUGCCAAUGUUUAUGCCUCGGAUCUGUUGCCCAUUCUGAGCAAUCUACUGAUGAUUCUCCAUGUGUUGUCCUGGGCCGUGGUUUUGAUCGUGCUUUGGGCGAUGGCUCCUCACCAAUCUGCCAAGGCCGUGUUCGUCUCUGGAUGGCAGAAUGGGGGAGGUUGGUCCACGAUGGGGUUGAGCGUGAUGAUUGGACAGAUUUCCGCCAUCUACGGUUCCCUAAGCUCCGAUGCGUGUGCUCACAUGUCCGAAGAAGUAAAAGACGCUGGUCGCUACGUCCCCGUUGCCAUCGCCUGGGGAUACUUUAGCAACGGCAUCAUGGCCGCGAUCCUGCUAGUCACCUUCCUCUUCUCGCUCCCGUCGGUGGAAGAUGCCUUGAAUGACAACACCGGGUUCCCUUUCAUCUAUGCCUUUAAGAAUGCGACAUCGAUGGCGGGCGUAAAUGGCCUCACUUCGAUCAUCCUGUUGCCCGUCAUUUUCAGCAACAUUCUUUUCAAUGCUUCGACCUCCCGCCAAACCUUCGCCUUUGCUCGCGACAAGGGUUUGCCAUUCUCCCGCUUCAUCAGCAAAGUCGACCCAAAGCGACAUAUUCCCGUGAAUGCCAUCGCUAUAUCCUGUAUCUUCAGCUGUGCGCUCGCGCUCAUUAAUAUCGGAUCCGAGACGGCUUUCAACGCUAUUAUUUCGCUAAACGUGGCUGCAUUGAUGUACACGUAUAUCAUCUCGAUCAGCUGCGUCAUCUACAAGAAGAUCUGGAAUCCCGAGAGUCUUCCAGCGAGGCAGUGGGACAUGGGACGAUGGGGACUGCCCGUUAACGUGAUUGCACUCAUCUACUCCUGCUUCGCCCUUUUCUGGUCCCUAUGGCCGAGUGAGAGCAGCAUCACCGUGGACAACUUCAACUGGAGCGUUGUCAUCUUCGGAGGGGUGUUCUUGCUUAGCCUCUUCAUGUAUGUGACCAAGGGGCGAAAGGAAUACGAUGGGCCAGCAGUGAUCGUACAGCGUGGAUAAUUGCAGUUGUAUAUAAAGUGGUAUUGAUAGACUAUGUAUCUUUUUGAAUAUGGGAUCCUCGUACGAGAGACACCCCAUAGGGCUCUGUCAAAUGCAAGGCUACAAUGUAGUAUGAUCAGUAGCUUUCCAUGGUACACGUUUGCGAUAGCAGAUGCCCUGGUCCCAACAGAACAAAGGUGUCGACUU